UAUCAUGUCUCUAACGUAGGUUCAAGAAAGGUAGAAGCUAAAAGAGAAAUUUGCAGAAACAAUAAUGUUUUCAAUUUUUGUAUUUUUUAUUUUAAGUGCUUAUUCAUCUGCGGCAACAUUAGGCUCGAAGGACAAUGGAUGUGUUGAUUUUAUUGCACUUGGCGAUUGGGGAGUAGAUAACCAAGCCGUACCUAUAAAAGUCGCCGAAGCUAUGGCUAAAUAUGCGUCUGAAAAUCCAGUUGACUUUAUCGUAACCUCUGGUGAUAAUUUCUAUCCAGAUGGUGUUAAUUCUGAAGAUGAUUUUCAAUUUGACUAUAAGUGGAGGGAUGUGUAUAAUCAGCAAUCUAUUAAAGAUCUAACUUGGUACAUUACUGUUGGUAACCAUGACUACGGUAAUUCUGGAUCAGGAGUGGAGCAUAAUCAAGUUACGUUUGGUAAUACUGAACCAAGAUGGAACUUUCCUCAACUGUAUUAUUCUUUUACAAAAUCUCUUGGAAACGACAAAACUGUUAAGUUUAUCAUGGUAGACUCUCAAGGAUUCAGAAGGAAGCAGAAUAACUACUUGCGUCAAAGAGCCUUUGUUCAAGAAGAAAUAAGGAACCCAGCCGAUUGGACCAUAGUCAUCUUUCAUCACCCAUUCUACAAUGUCGGUGGCCAUACCGGAUCUGAAACAAUGCUUAGAGAAGUACUUAUUCCAAUUAUAAAUGAUGGUGGUAGAGUAGAUAUGGUCAUCGCUGGUCACGAUCACAACUUGCAACAUAUGUCCCAUAGAAAUGGAACAAAUACUCAGUUUUAUGUUAGUGGUGGUGGCGGAGCAAGACUUUAUGCUUUGAAUGAAGAAAAGGUUGAAGUUUUGAGACGAAGAGGAGUAGAUUUGGAAUACUUUAAAAGUUCCCACGGUUUUAGCGCAAUUCAUAUAUGCGAUGAUGAGGCUACAGUAAAAUUUAUAGAUGACGAUGGCGAAGAGAUAUAUUCAAAUAUACAACAACCAAGAAAAUAUAAAUAAAGAAGGAAAUAACUAAUGAAUAUUGAAAUAUGUUAUGCUUCAUUAUGAUUAUUAGUACAAUUUUUAGUUAGAAAAUAAAAAGGCUGGCUUAUUUCCCUUCUUUUCAACACAUUUUGAUUUAAAAAGCAUAAUCCUUUGAAUAAUUUUUAAAUUUAGUAUAUUUACCCUUAAAGGUAAUAAACUAUUAAUAUUAAGUCA